CAGGUGUUGCAGUACCCUAUAACUGCGGUUAUCGAGGUGAAGGAUCAGCUCAUUGAUUGGGCGUCUCGCGCCGGCGUCCAAUGGCUGAGCACGGUGAUCCCCACGCACCACGUCAACGCGUUCAUCUUCUUCUUCAUCAUCAGUAAUCUGACCGUUGACCUGUUUGCCUUCUUCAUCCCACUCCUCGUCUUCUACCUCUCCUUCAUCUCCAUGGUGAUCUGCACGCUACGCAUCUUCCAGAACAGCAAGGCGUGGGAGAACUUCAGUGCCCUAACAACCCUGCUGACCAGGUUUGAGACUGGCCUGGACGUGGAGCAAGCAGAGUCUAACUUCGGCUGGAACAAUCUAGAACCCUACCUCUACUUCCUGAUAUCGGUGUUCUUCAUCGUCUUCUCCUUCCCCGUCGCUGAUAAAGAGCUGUCCAGGGCCAUCUUGUUCACGGUGGUCAGCUACACCAGAGAGCCAAACGGAGUCCCUCCUGAGGCCAGACUACAGGCCAAACGGGCGCUUAUCACUGAGGUGGCAACGUCUUUGUGUUCACUGACCAGUCUCCUGCCCCAGAGUGCUGUUCUGCUGAGGAUGCUGAGCCACACCUUCACUACCCUGCCACUAGGGGACUCAGUGGUGAUGAAGAUCAGUCUGCCCUGCCUGCUAGACCUCUACCUCUACUUCCUGUUCUUCAGUAUGGCUAGGCAGCGUGGUUUCCGUGGGACCUACUGUUUCCUGGUCCCCUACUUGGUCUGCUUCCUGUGGUGUGAGUUCUCUGUGGUGCUGCUCCAAAACUCUUCUCCCGUGGGGCUCAUCCGGACCUGCGUUGGCUACUUCCUGUUCCUGUUUGCCUUGCCCGUGCUGGCCGUGGGGCUGGCCGCCAUGGUCCUCAUCCAGCUGGUCAAAUGGUUCCUGGAGCUGGAGCUCACCAAGAUGAUUGUGACGCUGGCUGUGUGUGCGGUGCCGGUGACACUGAGGCUGUGGACGCGCUUCAGCCUGUCUCUCAUGGACGUGUUCCACUCCAUGUCGCAACGCGGCGCCGUCAAGCUCAUCCUGUGCUGCGUCACCAUGGUGAUGCUGUUCUUCUGGAUGUACGUGUACCACUCUGAGGGACUGCAGGGGUAUAACUCUACGUUGACCUGGAGACAGUACGGGCAGCUGUGUGGUCCUCCUGCCUGGAAGGUGAAAGGUGUGGCUCAGACACAGAUCUUCUGUACACACCUGGACGGACACCAGGUGGGUGUGGGGAUGCCCGAGGAAGACGGGAUUCCAGAGGACCGGGCCAGAGACAUCAAACUGGUGGCCAGUCAUGAGUUCAGACAGGUGUUGCUGCGCCUGCAGCCCGGCAGCCUGGUGGAGUUCAGCACUACGUUGGAGGGUCGUCUGGGGGGCCAGGUCCCGUCCUUCGAGCUGAAGGCCAUCUACUGUCUGGACUGUGACUCCUCCCUUCUGACCGCUGCCAGACAGGUGAAGAUGGAGAGAGACUGGAGACGGACCACCCUCAACUCCGUCAAGUUCGCCUUCGACUUCUUCUUCUCUCCCUUCCUCUCCUAUCCUGUGACAGGCACGUGUUGUGACAGGACGAGAAAGAGAGAGGUGUUGUGA